AUGGACGACAGCGGACCACCGUGCCGCCGCUGCGCAGAGAGAAACCUCGGAUGUGUCCUCGGCAAGAACCUGCAGAGCAUCAUUGACGAAAAGUCGCAGUACACCGACGCUGUGCUCCACGACCUGGAUGCCCUCCAUGCUACUCUGCGCGACGUCACGCAGAAGCUUGGCCUUUCGGAGCCGCAGCCUCUCGAAACGAGCGGGAUGCGUGAUGCCGGAAGUUCGCCGGGCGCCACGGACCGUCAACCCCGAGCCGUGAACGGCACCACCACCAACAACAACAACGGCAGCACGAACAACAACCGCCUCGCUCCAUCCGACAAUCACGUCGGUCCCUCGUGUGACAACUCACCCAAGAUCUCGCCUGAAGACGAGUCGCACCUCCCCAAUGUGCCGAUCCACUCCCUGUACGCCCUCACAAAGCUGCGGGCUUUGCGACCUGAUAGCCCGGACGAGCACCGAAGCCGAAUUGCCGACGACUUUAUUGCCCGAGGUGCCAUAUCUCUGAGCGCAGCAGAACGUCUUUUCUGUCUGUAUCGAGAUGAAUUGGACUUUUACAUGUAUCGUGUGGGAUGCCGCUAUCAGACUCUCGAUGAGCUACGCCGAAAGAGCUCUGUUCUGACAGCCGCGACCUUGACAGUCGCAGCGCUCCACGAACCUGCGGCGGAGGCACUGUACGGAGUGUGCAGCGCAGAGUUCCGCCGCCUCAUGGAAAAAUCCAUGUUCGAUCGAAGAGUUGACCGGGAUUACAUCCGUGCCAUGGCCAUUGCCGCCUACUGGCUCAGCGACAUGUCGUGGAUGAUCUCGGGUUAUGCUAUUAGACGAGCGUCCGAGUGCAACCUUCACAACUGUCACAGCCAAGCUAUCGAGAAGCAAAGCCAAGAGGCCGCUGAUGGUGCGAGGCUCUGGUAUAUUCUCAACAUCUGCGACCAGCACCUUGCCACUCUGUACGGUCGACCAGCAAUUGUGCACGAAGACUCCUCAAUGCAGGGCUGGGAGAGCUUCUUAGAAUCCCCCGUCUCCAAUGCCGAAGACAAGCGCCUCGCGAGCCAAGUUGCGUUACUAGGGAUUCUCGGAAGCAUACGGGAGCUUUUCGGGCCUGACAAAGGCCAACCUAUACCAAGGGCAUAUCUCCAUCAGAUAGCCCACUUCAACAAGCAGCUGGACCACUGGAUAGGCCAUUGGUCAGGUGUCUUACGCGACCAAUAUUCAGGCGUCGGGCGGUUUCCUAGCAAGGGUGCUCUUUUGCAUUUCCACUUCGCCAAGUUGCAUUUGUACUCUCACAUUUUCCGUGGCUCCUCGGGCGAACUCACCAUUCCACAUUAUUUUCUGGAUGGCACUGCGACAGCCAUUGCUGCCGCCACAUCCACGAUCGAAUUCAUCCUCACCGACCCAGACGUAUCAGCCAGCGUGGUGGGCAUACCCUCUUACCUCCACUGCAUGACGGCUUUUGCUUGCAUGUUCUUGAUCAAGGUGUCUGUCAAACACGGCGGCGAUCUGAUCGAGCCCCAGCGCGUCUGGGACCUGACAACACGACUCGUUCGCCACUUUCGUUCACUACCGACAGGGCGCUGGCACCUGGCGAACCUCAUGGCGCCGGGACUCGAGAAGAUGGCUGCAACGCUGAAGCCACACGUUCAAGGGCAGACGACGAUGCAAAAUGGCAUGGCUGGCUGCGAAAUGACCAGUGGGGUGUUGGAAGUGCGCGGUCAGCCCAUGAUGCCAGUCGCCGACCCUGUAUUGAUGGGCAUGGAAGGUGACAUUUUGUUUGAUUUCGAUAUGAGCUUUGGACUAUCGCCAGUGUUCCGUUUUGAUCCGACCACAAUGGCGAUUGAGGGCUUGCAGGAGUUUGCGAACGUGGAGUAUUCCACACAGCCUCAAACCUGA